UUCAUCAAAUGUUUUCAUGAUAUAAAUGACGUUUGUCUCCCUGCUGCAGCUGCAGCUUGUCUAAUAUUUGUGAAUUUGUUUUACAGUAAACUUGUUCCUGUGCUUGUUUCCUUCUCAGGAGUGGGAAAGAGCAGUCUCCUUUUGCGGUUCGCAGACAACACAUUUUCAGGUAGCUAUAUCACCACGAUAGGAGUGGACUUCAAGAUCCGGACGGUGGAGAUCAACGGGGAGAAGGUGAAGCUGCAGAUCUGGGACACGGCGGGCCAGGAACGCUUCCGAACCAUCACCUCCACGUAAGUAGAGAGCCGUCUUCAUGCCACCGAUCGAAGCGUGCAGCCACAGGAAGCCGUUUGUGGUCGUCAGAUUAGAAACGACACGAGGAAGCAGUUAGCAGGCGGCUAGGCUAACUGUGUGAAACUGGGUGGGAUUCCCCACAGAUCCUAAUUACAGACACAGGAGGGAGGCUCCCAGCUGCAGAGCUGCAUGACGCUAACAGCCUGGCUGCUUCAUCCAUGUUUGUUUUGAUCUUCUUCAUGAAACAGCAUUUAGGAUGAUCUGUGUUUUACAAACUGGAACCCUUUAGCUCCACGAACGUCUGCAUGGACCACCUGAUUGGACGCCCCUCCUCCCUCCAGAAAUCCUCUAACUUCAUUCCUUAUUAUUCGCUCUGUGACUUAGUGCCCUGUCCCACCAUCCCGAUUUAUCCAGCGCCUGCCUG